AUGGAUCGAUGGGGCACCGUGGGAGCUAGGAGGUCAGCAUGGCUGGGAGGAAAGAGACAACCAACUCACCUCUGUGUCUUAACCCUUAGCGCUCGAACUGCAUCAACACCACGAGGAAGUCACUGCAUCGAACUCCAUGGAUUGGACGUCGGCACUGCGGUUGCCAGCAAUGAGGAAGGCAUUGGGCAGCGUCAGGCGAGGAUGGUGGGGUGGCGUCGUGGGGAAGAGAGCGGCGUCGCGCGGAGGACGGCAAGGCGAUGUGGCACGGACCACGGUGGGGCGACGUGGCUCGGAGGACAGUGGGGCGGCGUCGGAGGGAAGAGGAGCAGAGGCGCCGUCGCCCGUCGCGCGGAGUGGCGAAGGAUCGAUCUAGGGAUUGGAAUAGUCCCCACCUCUAGCCUACCUAAGGUGGCCCUCAGCGUUGGCCGCGACGGUGAGGCUCGCAUCGUGGUCCACGGGGCCGGGGACAUCCUGAAGGUCUUUGUGAGGAUACGUGGCGGCGGCGAGGAGUGGGCGCUGGAGAAGACCGUACAGCUAUCAGUGGCAAUGCUCGGCCUGAAGGGGCAUCGAUGGAUAAGUUUGGCUUGCGAGCGGCCUGUGGUGGCGGCCACGGACCACGGUGCACCUCCGGGUGCCGCCGGCGCCAGGGACCAUGGCGGAGUUCCGUUUGGGCAUGGACACAAUGGCGGUGGAGCUCCUGCCCUGGCCUCCGGUGGGUUACGGGAACCUCGUAUCCAUCUGGUCCUGCUCCUCGUUCCCAACACUGGCACUUUCGUCCUCCUCCUCGUGCUCGCCUCCGGAAGGUCCGCACUACAACCUAAGGCCCAGAAGACCGAUGCUUCCAAAGAAGGCAAGUUCACAUGCGUUUACAUUCCGCAUCUUGUCGAGGAGAGCAGGUGCAGCCAGGUGGUACACUACAAAUUAGAGCUGUUGGAGGAGACCCUUUUCCUAACUGUGAACAUCAUAGAUAGAUUCUUGGCACAUGAAACUGUGGUGCAGAAGAAGCUUAAGUUAGUUGGUGUAACUGCUAUGUUGCUCGCGUGCAAGUAUGAAGAAGUGAGCGUACCGGUGGUCGAGGAUCUGAUCUUAAUCUGUGAUCGCGCCUACACAAGGGCUGGUAUUCUUGAAAUGGAGAGGAGGAUCGUGAACACACAUAAUUUCAAUAUGUCGGUGCCGACUCCAUACUGUUUCAUGAGAAGGUUUCUAAAGGCAGCACAAUCUGAGAAGAAGCUCGAACUCCUGUCUUUCUUCAUGAUCGAGCUGAGUCUUGUCGAAUAUGAGAUGCUCCAGUUCUGCCCGUCUAUGCUAGCAGCUGCUGCCAUCUACACAGCUCAAUGCACCAUGCUUGCUUGGUCUUUUUGUGAUAUAGAUAUAUGUUUUGUUGUCAUAAUAUGA